AUCAAUGUUAGGCAACGACGCCGAAAUGUGCAACGUCUAACAGCGCGCAUCGGACGGCGAGCGUCUCCGACACGUAUUCUCGUUGCCACCGUAUUCAGUCGAGUUCAAAACGUAAACGCGCUCCAGAGCGGUAGUCCCCCAGGAAGCCCUAUGCGAUAUCCUAGGUGAAAUAGAAGAAACAACCGCGUGAAUGCCUUCGUUUGGCACAAAAUGUCGUCUACCGGUGAGGACGUGCCCGUCAACCUUACCCUUCAUGAAAUCCACGACACUUGCCUUGACGACAGAAAGUACUGGUGCUUCUUGCUCUCCUCCAUUUGUACUUUUAUCGCGGGCUUGCUCAUUGUGCUCGUGUGGAGAUUGUUUGCGUUUCUGUGUUGUAGAAAGGAUCCCGAAUUGGGGCCCAAUGAUCCCAAACAGAAGGAGCAGAAGGCUGCCAGACAGGGGAAACAAGAAUUCGAAGGGACUUUUAUGACAGAGGCCAAGGACUGGGCGGGAGAGCUGAUAUCUGGUCAAACGACUACUGGAAGAAUAUUGGUUGUUCUAGUAUUCAUUUUAAGCAUAGCUUCGUUAAUUAUAUAUUUCAUAGAUGCCUCAAGUAUGCGUCCAGGUGAAAAGGUAGAACGUUGCCAAUCAUGGAGCAAGAAUAUUACCCAACAAAUCGACCUUGCCUUUAACAUAUUUUUUAUGGUCUAUUUUUUUAUACGAUUCAUAGCUGCUAGUGACAAGCUGUGGUUCAUGUUGGAAAUGUACUCUUUCGUAGACUAUUUUACAAUUCCUCCAUCGUUUGUUUCGAUCUAUUUAGAUCGAACAUGGAUAGGUCUACGUUUCCUACGAGCAUUACGUUUAAUGACUGUACCCGACAUAUUGCAGUACCUCAACAUUUUAAAGACUUCUAGUUCUAUACGGCUUGCUCAGUUAGUUUCCAUAUUCAUAUCUGUAUGGCUCACUGCUGCAGGAAUAAUCCAUUUAUUGGAAAACUCCGGUGAUCCCUUAGACUUCAAAAACCACCAAUCUUUGCCAUAUUGGAAUUGUGUAUAUUUCUUGAUCGUUACUAUGUCAACGGUGGGAUACGGUGAUGUUUAUUGUCACACGGUAUUAGGAAGAGGAUUUCUAGUUUUUUUUCUACUCGUCGGUUUGGCGAUAUUCGCCAGUUGUAUCCCAGAAAUAAUUGACUUGAUUGGGACUAGACCAAAAUAUGGUGGAACCUUGAAGAACGAGAGAGGUCGAAGGCACAUAGUCGUAUGCGGGCAUAUUACAUAUGAGUCUGUUUCGCAUUUUCUAAAAGACUUUCUUCACGAAGAUAGAGAAGAUGUAGAUGUCGAAGUAGUGUUUUUACAUCGGAAACCGCCAGACCUCGAACUGGAAGGUCUUUUCAAGAGACAUUUUACCACUGUAGAAUUCUUCCAAGGUACCAUUAUGAAUCCUAUUGAUCUGCAAAGGGUCAAGGUACACGAAGCCGACGCCUGUCUCGUUCUUGCAAACAAAUACUGCCAGGAUCCGGAUGCUGAAGACGCCGCCAACAUUAUGCGAGUUAUCUCAAUAAAAAACUAUAGUGAUGAUAUUAGAGUGAUUAUACAAUUGAUGCAAUAUCAUAAUAAGGCUUAUUUAUUAAAUAUCCCUUCAUGGGACUGGAAGCAAGGAGAUGACGUCAUUUGUUUGGCAGAACUGAAAUUAGGCUUUAUAGCACAAUCCUGUUUAGCUCCUGGAUUUUCAACAAUGAUGGCGAAUUUAUUUGCAAUGCGAUCUUUUAAAACGUCUUCAGAUAUGCAAGUGUGGACCAAUGACUAUUUAAGGGGCACUGGAAUGGAAAUGUAUACAGAAACUCUGAGUCCGUCAUUUAUAGGCAUGCCCUUUCCAAAAGCUACAGAGUUAUGUUUCAUCAAACUUAAACUUCUCCUGCUGGCGAUAGAGGUGCGGGGUUCCGAGGGAGCAGAAACCAAAAUUUCGAUAAAUCCUAGAGGAGCGAAAAUCGUUGCCAAUACUCAAGGAUUUUUUAUUGCACAAUCAGCGGAUGAAGUGAAAAGAGCAUGGUACUACUGCAAGGCAUGUCAUGAAGAUAUUAAAGACGAAACACUAAUCAAGAAAUGCAAAUGUAAAAACUGUGAUAUGAACCGUCAUGAUGAUGUCAAUUUGGCCCAUAGGAAUCAAAAUCACAGGAACAGUACAAUACCGAUGGCGAAUAUGGUGAAUUCUACGAAACAGGUGAACAAAGUGAAACCAAAUAUCACUAGAAACGCUGGAGAGAAUAUGACAUCACCGGAUUAUAAUUCCAGAGCGCCGGAACAAGAAGCUACAUCUUACGCCGGUUAUCACCUAGCAUAUGAAGUGAAAAAACUCAUGCCCACAAGCCGAACGAGUGGAAGCAACAAUCAAAACAAUAAUGGAGUAGCUUUGCCGGUUGGUUUGGCUGAUGACCAAGCUAAAGAUUUUGACUUCGAGAAAACUGAAAUGAAAUAUGAUAGUACAGGAAUGUUUCACUGGGGUCCUGCGAAAAAUCUCGAGGACUGCAUAUUGGAUCGAAACCAGGCGGCAAUGACUGUACUGAAUGGACACGUCGUUGUAUGUUUGUUUGCCGAUCCAGAUUCUCCACUAAUAGGCCUUAGAAAUUUAGUUAUGCCACUGAGAGCUAGCAACUUCCAUUACCAUGAGCUUAAACAUGUUGUGAUAGUAGGUUCAGUCGACUACAUUAGGAGAGAAUGGAAGAUGUUGCAAAAUUUGCCCAAGAUUUCUGUAUUAAACGGAUCUCCCUUAAGUAGAGCAGACCUUCGUGCCGUUAAUGUAAACUUAUGUGAUAUGUGUUGCAUUCUGUCAGCUAAAGUGCCAAGUAACGAUGAUCCUACUCUAGCAGAUAAGGAAGCAAUAUUAGCAUCUCUUAACAUUAAAGCAAUGACUUUUGAUGAUACGAUAGGUGUACUGAGCCAGACGAAUGGUACUAAUGAAGCUGGUACGCCUGUUGGUAGUCCUAUUAUUCUUCAACGCAGAGGAUCAGUGUAUGGAGCCAAUGUUCCUAUGAUAACAGAAUUAGUAAAUGACAGCAACGUCCAAUUCUUAGAUCAAGAUGAUGACGAUGAUCCGGAUACAGAAUUGUAUUUGACGCAGCCAUUUGCUUGUGGCACUGCUUUCGCCGUUAGUGUUUUAGACUCUUUAAUGUCGACAACGUACUUCAAUCAAAAUGCCUUAACAUUAAUUAGAUCAUUAAUUACCGGAGGAGCUACUCCGGAGUUGGAAUUAAUCCUCGCUGAAGGAGCUGGGCUUCGUGGAGGAUACAGUACUGCAGAUAGUUUAUCAAAUCGAGACAGAUGUAGAGUAGGCCAAAUUUCCUUAUAUGAUGGUCCAUUGGCGCAAUUUGGUGAGACCGGAAAAUAUGGAGAUCUUUUCGUAGCGGCCUUGAAACAAUUCGGCAUGUUAUGUAUAGGACUAUAUAGAUUUAGGGACACUAGUUCUUCGUGCGACGCAAGUAGUAAAAGAUACGUUAUUACCAAUCCACCCGAUGAUUUUCAAUUGUUACCAACAGAUCAGGUAUUCGUUUUGAUGCAGUUCGACCCUGGUCUAGAAUACAAACAAGUUAGGAGCCGUACUGGCACCGGUCAAGGGAGCGGUACAGGUGGCGGAGGAACAAAUAAAGAUGAAAACUCUUGACUGCUGCUUUGCAGCGCCCUCACAGAUGGACCAUAUUCAUAUAUUUAGUAGUUAGUUAAUCAAGUUAUCAACACAAAAUCCGGCUAAAAUUUCAAAUGCAAGAAAUUGAGCCAGAUAAUUUUUAAAUGUUGGAAUUUUGUCAAGACGCGCGCGUUUGUAAAAAUUAAAGGAAUAGCCCAGUAAAUGGCCGUUUUGGAGUAUAAUUUUCCGAGUCACGACGGAUUUGCUUGAAAAUUUGGAUUAAGGUUCUUCUUAGACUCCACUUCAAAGUUGAAUUUGUGCCGUUGGUUGCUUUUACCUGCGGGGUGAAAACCACCCCUUCUCCGGGGCGAAAAACAUACGUUUAAGAUAAGUCACGAAAUGGAUUAAUUAACUAAUUCUAAGCAACUUUCGUUAUUUCGUUCUAAAGAGUUUCUUCGUCAAUACUUUCCGAGUUAUUUUCGAGUGAAAAUGUUUCUUUUUCAAUAAAUAAAACCACGUUUUCAGACGGUUUUUCGGAAAAAAAACUCAAAAAGUAAGUAAUUUAUCGAAAAAAAUAUUUUUAGAAAAAUGUAGCCUAAAAAACGAAAUAAAUGAUGAAGUCUAUGCACCGAGUAGAAGCGCAAAGUUAUAGCUCAUAAAAAAUAGGUUCUUACUCAUCAAAUAUCAAAAUCAUCAAAUAUUUUUUAAAGUGUUUACAAAAGCUUUAUUUUUGUUGUUCUGAAGCUAUUUUCUUGUGACAUUUUUGUAAACUAUAUUUAAUGGGAAAGAAGCCACAAUUUUACUAAAAAAAUGAUUUUAACAUUUCGACGUCCAAAUCGGAUGCCGUUGUCAAAAUACAAAAAAUAUUAAUAUUGGCUUAUUUCCCAUUAAAUAUAGUUAAUAGCUUUAUUUUUAUUUUUUAUAAAAGUUUCUGGCAUUAAAGCUACGUGACGUUCAAAAUAAAGUUAUUCCCUUUUUUGAUAAAAAAAAAUCGUGAAAAUCUCCCCUAAUUAGCACCCCAAAUGAAAUUAAGCGUUGCCGCUUUACAAUUUACAUUAAAGAUGUACUGUUUACACUCAACCAAAGUUAUAUGGAAUCACUAUGUAUUUGAAACCUGCAGCUUUUGGAAGCUAUAGGUGUAAAUAUUUUAGUUAAAACGAUAAGAAAAGAGUUGCCGUGCCCUAGAACUACAAUAUAGUCCUGCUAUAGUAUAUAAGUAAUGUAUAUUACAGCAGGAGGAAGUUACCGGCUCCCGAGUUAACCCAGCAGCACAAUAUUGAUCACGUAAAUUGGUGUCUUCAACACCAAAAUUGGAAGAUUUUUCCAAAAAAUGUUAUUGUUUUUUUUAUAACUCCGUUCGUGUUUACGAUAUCAGGUUCAUCUAAAAACUGAUUGAAAAUUAAUUUCAAGUGCUAUUUAAGCACGUUGAAUCUAAUCUUUUAAACACCUUAUUUAAAAAAAAAUAAAAGGUUAAAUGAGCCCUGUUGCAUGGUUACCACAGCAAAAUUUAAGAUUUAAACGUUUCUAUCUCGGUUAUUUUUUACCCUAUAGAAAUAGUAAAACAGGUAAAAUAUUUGGCACAGAAAAAACUAAAAUUUGGUUAUAUAUAAUUUUUUACGUAUAUUGAGUAUUUUUGGAGGUAUUAUCAAAAGAUUAUGAGAAUUACAAUAAUUUUAAAAAGUAUGUUUUUUAUAAAUUAUAUCUUUUUUCAAAAAUAUGCAUUCUAAACCGGUCAAAAUUAUCGAAAACAUUACUUAUGCUAAUAUAAAUCAGUUCUUGUAAGGAUUACUAUAAAUUUUAAUUUUUGUGGAAAUGGCGUAUGUUUUAUUUUUCACGUUUUCCUAAACAAUUCGAAACGGUUCUUUUAUUUUCAUUAUAACUUGCUUAAUUUUGAUGCUAUUACCUUGUUCUGAAGCUCAUUUGAUAGGUAUUCCGAAGUACUUUGACAAAUGUUUAGCGGGAAUAUUUUACACAUUGCAUCAUUUUCCCGUUAUUUAAGCUUGAAUACUUAGAUUUGAGUACUCGUCGAAAAAAAUACACAUUCAAUUACCAAUAACUCACUUUAAACUAACAUUAAUUUAGUUCUUAAUAUGAGGAAUGUAUUUAGUUUUUUAUUAUCUUCAAUUUCAGUAAUAAUAACUUUUUUGUAAAAGCUUAUAGUUUUUUAUUUAUACGUGAAAACCGAUCUAAAACAUGGAUUUUUUUACGAAAAAAUAAAAUUUUUUGUCUUAAAUAACUCAAAAGUGUUGAUUUAUUUUAAUAACUUUAUAUAACAAAUUUUGCUUAUAAUUUGUCCCUCUAUCGACUUAUGGUAUUAUUUUUAAUAAAAUAAUUUUCACCCCCGAGAAGGGGUGGCAUCCACCCCCAGGGUAAACGCGCAAGUUGGCAUCUUGUCACCUUUGUUCCUUGAGGUAUCCUCUAAUUACUCACCAAUUUUCAUGAAAAUCGAUGGAGGUUCAACGAAAUUGGAGGUGAAAACCUUCAGUGACUGUACUAUAGAAAAUAUGAAAUGUUUCCCUGUAAGUUUGAUUGAGUGUAUGUUAUGAUCUGGUAAGUUUGACCGGUUCAAAGUGCUUAUUUUUGAAAAAAUUUGAUUUUUAUAGUAACAAUUUUCUUAUUUUGAAAAAAAGAAUCCAUAUUUUUGCAAAAUAAUUUAAAAAGUAUUAUUGAUACAAAAAAUCUACAGGAAUAAAAAAUGUUUGCUUUGCUUUUGACUUGGUUUUGCUUUUUUGAACCUUCGUGUUUUUUUGGUUUUCUCUUAGACAAAAAUUGGUUUUGCUGUUCAAAAUUUGCGUACACUCGUAAUUAGUGACUAGUUCAAGUCCUUCAACUACGACUUUCAAGAAUAAGGAUCAUAAACAAGGUAAUAAAGUAAGAGUAAUAAUAAAAAAUAGUUUAAAUGAUCUUAUUGCUCUUUAGAAACCUCAAAAAUGGUGUUUAAGUAUUUCAUAGCUUAAAAACUAACUGAGUUAUAAGAUACGUAAAAAACCAAUGUCAUAUUUUAGGAAAUAUCAGAACGCGUGUACUGGACCUUUCUAAGAUAUACAUAAUGUGCUAUAGAACCUACUUUUCAUGAGCUACAACUCUGAUUUUACUGGGCCUAUAGACUUCACGUUACAAUAGUAAUAGGAGAUCUAAAUGCAAAAAUCGGUAGAGGAAGUCAAGGUGAUUUUAUUGGAAACUUUGGACUGGGUACUGUCCAGGGCCCAGUGGCUCAAUUCUGCCAAGAGACCGAUUUUAUUGUCACGAAUACUUAUUAUGAUCUGCCGACCAGGAGACUCUAUACAUGGAAAUCACCAGCAGACAACCAACAUAACGUCAUCGGAGACUAAAUUGACUACCUUCUCAUCUGCAAACGAUACCGAAAUUCCAUAAAAUCAGUAAAAUCAUACCCUGGAGCUGAUGUGAGAUCAGAUCACAACACAGUUGUAGGAAGGUUUAGAAUUAAUCUAAAGAAACCUGUGGUUAAAACUAAAGUAGAGACGAUACAAGUAUCUCGUUUGAGAGAUCCAUCAACAAAAGAGCAAGUCACACUAAAAAUUAAAGAAGAGCUCACCAAAAUAGAAAUUAUUCCUACUGAAGAUGCGAACAGGAAAUGGCACAUGUUAAAAGAUGCUCUUAUCCGCACAUGUGAGACAUCACUAACACCUAAACUAAUUAAGAAUAAAAAUGAAUGGAUGACCGAGGAGAUUCUAGAUCUCAUGGAAGCAAGGCGAUCUUAUAAAAUCAAAGACAAAAAUAUGUAUAAUAUUAUACACACAGAAAUAAGGAGAAAGAUCAGAGAGGCAAAGGAAAGAUGGUAUAGUGACAGAUGCGCAGAGAUUGAACAGUUGGUAGAGAAACAUGAUAACUUCAACAUUCAUAAGAAAAUUAGAGAAAUAACAGGCACUAAUAUUAAGAAAACAUCAAACAUACUGCUGGAUAAAAACGACAAAAUAAUUAUAGACGUCGGUGAAAGGCUUAAAAGAUGGCAGGAAUAUAUUCAAGAGCUAUUUAAAGACGAACGGACUGAGAUAAUACUAGAGCAGGUAAAGUUCGACAACGGCCAAGACAUAACAGAAGAUGAGGUAUUAGAGGCGAUAAAGCGAACAAAGAACAACAAGGCAACAGGUCCAGACCAAAUACCUGUAGACAUAAUACGGUUAAUAGAAGAACAGCAAAUUGGAAUAUUGGUCGACUUAUUUAAUACAAUAUAAAGUACAGGAAUCAUUCCCAGAGAUUGGCUGCUGUCAACGUUCAUAACACUGCCAAAAAAACCAAAUGCAAAAGAAUGCCAAGACCACCGGAUAAUAAGUUUAAUGAGUCAUACUCAUGAGCAGGACAUAAGCGACACGCAAUUUGGAUUUAGAAAUGCAAUGGGAACGAGGGAAGCCCUGUUCGCUGUAAAUGUACUUGUGCAAAGGUGCGUGGAUGUUAAUCAGCCAGUAUAUAUGUGUUUCUUGGAUUACAACACAGCCUUCGAUAAGGUCAGAUAUAACCGCCUUAUCGAAUUACUUGAAAAUAAAAACUUAGAUAUGAGGGACAUCAGGAUCAUUAGUGCUAUCUAUUAUAAUCAGAUCGCUGUGGUAAAAGAGAACAACGCCUUUUCAAAUGAAAUACAGAUUGAGAGGGGCGUCAGACAGGGCUGUGUCCUGUCUCCUACUUUGUUCAAUUUGUAUUCAGAGGAAACGAUCCAGGAAGCACUAGAAGACCUAACCACGGGAAUAAAAGUAAAUGGCCGACCAAUCAAUAAUAUACGGUUUGCCGACGACACUAUUUUAUUAGCCGAAUGUCUUGAGGAUUUACAACAAAUGGUUGACAGAGUGGUAGAAGUCAGCCAAGAAAACGUACUGUCCCUAAACACAAAAAAGACACAACUUAUGGUAAUCACAAAAGCUCAACAGCGCCAAGAAAGCAUAACAAUACAUGGAGAACAAAUUAAAAAGGUUGAAAAAUAUAAAUAUUUGGGUACAAUAAUUAAUGAAACUAAUGAGUACACAGAAGAGAUUAAAGCAAGAAUAGGACAGGCAAGAAAUGCUUUCAACAAACUGAAAAAAGUACUCUGUAGCAGGGACAUUACAAUUUCUUUAAAGAUAAGACUUCUGAGAUGCUACGUGUUCUCCGUAUUAUUCUAUGGGUUGGAGGCUUGGACAAUAAAGAAGGAUGUUUCGGACAGAUUAGAAGCCUUCGAGUUAUGGGCCUACAGAAGAAUAUUAAGAAUAAGUUGGGUGGAUAGAGUCACGAAUAUCGAGGUGUUGAGAAGAAUGGGAAAAGAUAAACAGGUUUUAAAUACAAUUAAAGUCAGAAAACUGCAAUAUCUGGGACACGUUAUGAGGGGCGAGCGUUAUAACUUGUUACAAUUAAUAAUACAACGAAGAAUACAGGGUAGAAGGAGUAGCGGAAGAAGACGCAUCUCCUGGUUAAACAAUUUGAGAGCUUGGUUUAACUGCACUUCUGCUGAUCUCCUUAGAGCAACGGUAUCGAAAGUGCGAAUUGCCGUGAUGGUUGCCAACCUUCUUAGAGGAGAUGGCACAUGAAGAAGAAGAAGAUAGACUUCAUAAAUACACAUUUUUUAUAGGCUACAUUUUUACCAAGAAUAUUUUUUUGAUAAAAUACCUACUAGUUGAGUUAUUUCCUAAAACCGUCUGAAACAUAGCUUUAUGUUGAAAAAUAAACAUUUUCACUAACCAAUAACUCGAAAAGUAUUGACUUUUGAGUGAAAAAACUCUAUAGAACAAGUUGUUUAAAAUUAGUUAUAUUAUCCAUUUUAGGACUUGUCUUGAACGUAUUUUUUCACCCCUGAGAAAAGGUGGCUUUCACUCCGCAAGUAAAAGCAACCAUGUGCUCAAGUCCAGUAAUGAAGUGGAGGGUAAGAGGGACCUAAAUCCAAAUUUUUAUGAAAUUCGGUGAUCACACGGAAAAUCACACGGUAUCGCCGUAUUUCACGUUCAUUUACUGGGCUAGAAGUACAUGACUGUAAUAGAUAGGUAAAAAUGUUGUUAUCUUUAACGAGAGACUAUAAAUUAAGUCAAACUGUAUUCUUGCAAGAGAUGAGACUGCAACAUUACGCCUUAACACAAAAUUCCAAAAUUGAUCCACGUGUAAAUACAUCCAAUAUCGUAA